AUGAGCCGCCCAUUUGGAGUGGCGCUGCUGGUGGCAGGCGUCGACCCUUGGGACGGUCCCGUACUCUUCAACACGGAUCCCUCAGGGACGUUCACGAAAUAUGCCGCGUGCGCGAUCGGCAGCGCCCAAGAGGGCGCCACAAGCAUGCUGCAGGAGCAGUACAACAAGGAUAUGACAUUGAAAGAGGCGGAGAUCUUGGCCCUGACAACUCUCCGCCAGGUGAUGGAGGAGAAGUUGAGUAAAGUCAACAUCGAGGUUGGGGUUUGCCCCACGUCCACAGGAAAGUUCCGUUGCUACAAUGCCGAGGAAUUGGAAGAUGUGAUCUCGCGACUGCCAGCGCCCACCGUGCCGACACUGCAAUCGGCCUCGGCACCAGGUCGUGGUGAUCUCUCAUACGGACCCUGA